UACAGACAACCUACAGUCAUCUUGUACAGGAUGGAGUCCAAAGAAAGCAGUCGUCCCGGUCUGAAUGAGGUCGUGAUUGCAUCGUUCGCAAGGACACCUAUCGGCUCCUUUCGGAGUUCUCUGGCCUCUGUGCCGGUGACGGAACUUGGCUCAAUCGCUAUAAAGGCAGCUGUCAAGAGAGCGGGCAUAUCGUGUGAACGCGUGCAGGAAGUGUUCAUGGGCAACGUUCUCUCCGCUGGAGUCGGCAUGAAUCCCGCACGGCAGGCAACUCUGGGCGCUGGUCUCCUGGAGUCGGUGCCUUGCACCACCAUCAAUAAGCUCUGUGCUUCAGGCAUGAAGGCCAUCAUGAUGGCCGCCCAAAGCCUCAUGUGUGGCUCUCAGGAUAUUGUGAUUGCCGGAGGAAUGGAAAGCAUGUCAAACGUCCCUUACUACAUGCAACGAGGCGAAACACCCUACGGUGGAGUUCAGCUACAGGAUGGCCUGUUGACUGAUGGCCUGACCGACGUCUACCACAAGAUCCACGUGGGCGCCUGCACAGAGCACACGGCUAAGAAGUAUGAAGUUUCCAGGAAAGACCAGGACGAGUUCGCCAUUGAAAGCUACAAGAGAAGCGCCAAAGCAGUGAAGGACGGUGUGCUGGCCUCCGAGAUCGUUCCCGUAACCAUACCUGGGAAACGUGACGAGCCAGCUGUGGUGGUGGCAGAGGACGAAGAAUACAAGCGUGUCGACUUCGAGAAACUGAGGAAGGUUCCACCAGCAUUUGACAAUGAAGCGGGCACAAUAACGGCGGCCAACGCAAGCACGCUGAAUGACGGAGCGGCUGCUUGUGUGCUCAUGACUCGGCAAGCGGCGGACAGGCUCGGAGUGAAACCGCUGGCACGAGUUGUUGGCUUCGCCGAUGCUGCUGUCGAGCCCUUGCAUUUUUGUAUUUCCCCGGCAUACGCAAUGCCUAAGGCACUGAGUCAAGCAGGCUUGAAAUUAGAAGACAUGUCCAUGAUAGAGAUAAACGAAGCGUUCAGUGCAGCAGUGCUCUGUAACAUGAAACACCUCGGCCUGGACCACUCAAAGGUCAAUAUCCACGGAGGCGCAGUCAGUCUUGGACAUCCACUCGGGAUGUCCGGGGCUCGAAUUGUGGGAAGGCUCGCUCUCCAUCUCCAGCCGGGGCAGUACGGACUGGCCGGCAUCUGCAACGGAGGAGGCGGCGGUUCUGCAAUCGUCAUUGAGAAGCUCUAGAACAACCGCGCAGCAGGAAAUUGGGCCCCGUAUGUGUGCCUGAUAGAUACCACGUCAAAAAUAAAGGAGUUAAGCGUUAUCCUGUCCAGGCGUA